AUGUCAGUACGCUACGCUAUCCUUGUUUGUAUAGUAACGUUCUUUAGUAGUGGAAUGUUGAGGCUAAAAAUUUUUGGGGUUUUUGGAAAAAAUUUGGUGUUUGGAGAAAAAAAAAGAAGAACAGUGACAAAGAAGCGCGGCGGAAAGGGACGGAUAGCUUCCGCCCCCCCCGCACCCCCAACGGCGCAACUGCAUCGCCUCAGCGCCGCCGAAGCCUCGACCCGCGUUCCGCGGACGACCCCGCAUUCGACCGUCGACCGGCCCAUUGCACUAACCCACGCGGCUCUCGCGUCUAUUGUGGAAGCGGCUGUACAGUCUGCGCUCGCCGCCAUCAAAACCACAGGCAAGAAGGAAACCGCGCCGAAAACGGCGUGGCCACAGUGA